CUGAGCCAGCUGACAAAGCUGCACGAGUGCGUGGACGACGACCUCUUCAUCCGGGAGCUUGCCAAAGUGAAGCAGGAGAACAAGGUGAAGUUCGCGCUGUACCUGGAGAAGGAGUACAAAGUGAAGAUCAACCCUUCCUCCAUGUUCGAUGUGCAUGUGAAGAGGAUCCACGAGUACAAGCGGCAGCUGAUGAACUGCCUGCACAUCAUCACUAUGUACAACCGCAUCAGGAAGGAUCCUGCAAAGCUCUUUGUGCCGAGGACAGUGAUCAUUGGGGGCAAGGCUGCCCCAGGAUAUCACAUGGCUAAAAUGAUCAUCAAGCUCAUUAAUGCUGUGGCUCAGGUGGUGAACAACGACCCCGUUGUGGGGAGUAAGCUGAAGGUCAUCUUCCUGGAGAACUACAGGGUCUCGCUGGCAGAGAAAGUGAUUCCUGCUACUGACCUGUCGGAGCAGAUCUCCACAGCAGGCACUGAGGCGUCGGGCACAGGGAACAUGAAGUUCAUGCUGAAUGGGGCUCUGACCAUCGGCACCAUGGAUGGAGCCAACGUGGAAAUGGCUGAGGAGGCUGGAGAGGAAAACCUGUUCAUUUUCGGCAUGAGGGUGGAGGAUGUCACAGAGCUGGACAGGGAAGGGUACAAUGCCCAGAAGUACUAUGACCAGCUCCCCGAGUUGAAGGAAGCCAUUGACCAGAUUAAGAGUGGCUUCUUCUCCCCAGAGGAGCCUGACCUCUUCAGCGACGUGGUCAACAUGCUCUUCCACCACGACAGGUUUAAAGUUUUUGCAGACUAUGAGGCUUAUGUCAGGUGCCAGGAGAAGGUCAGCGAGCUGUACCUGAACUCCAAGGCAUGGACCAAGAUGGUCAUCAGGAACAUCGCAGCAGCCGGCAAGUUCUCCAGCGACCGCACCAUCAAGGAAUACGCGCGGGACAUCUGGCACGUGGAGCCCUCCUACCUGAAGAUUCCACCGCCCAAUGAGCCCCGGGACACGGCUGAGCAGAGUACACCCAACGGCACAGCAGCAUAGGGGCACGGAGCUGCUGGCAGCUGGAGCUGACGGAUGUGAGCACAGACGCUGUACAAUGGUCUCUGUCUCUGCUGUGUGGUGUCUGUGCUGCUGCUGGCUUUCCUACGGGUGGGGAAGGGGUAAUUUUUGUAACUCAAGGGUCGUGCAGAAUGCGAGAACUGUUGCCCUGUUGUGU